CAAUUUUCUAUUUGGGAGAGAAAGAGAGAGAGAGAGAUUUGCAGUUGAAGAACAAGGUUGCUCUCUCAGCUUUGCUUGCUUAAGAAACAAUAGCCAGAGGGAAGUUAGGCCAACGGUUAACUUCCCUCCAAACCCUCUGAUUCCCUUGGAAUCAAAGCAAAGCUUUUUGCAGUUGCUUCUUGGUCACCAUCUGAUACACCCAACUUCACCUUCCUGACACACUCUUCACAACCAUCUUACUCUGCCCAAUCCCUCUAUAAACUGUUGAAUUCCAAGAACUUUUGUUCAUACUUGAGGUCCAUCUAAGGAUGCCCAUAAGAGAUUCUGACAUUUUUGGUGGCAAAAGCGACCAGCUGCAGCAGGCCCAGUUGAGUUCUUUAGCUGGGGUGCUUGAAUUUUUCAAUGUAUUGAGCUGUGGGCUUUCUGGGAUUUUUGGUUUCUGAAUUUCGGGUUUUGGCUUGCUGCUGCCCCACCCAACGGGUACUUUUUUCAUGUUUGCUUCUUUGAGCUCUCUCAUGAAUGGUGUGACGCUCUGAAUUAUAGGCUUUCAACCAAAACCAACUGCUCAGCCACUUUCUUCGUGACUCAACCGCUGGAAUUCCGAUUUCUGUUAAAUUCACACAACAAAUAGUCAUUGUCAUUGCUUGGCAUCUCGUUCUGCUAUAUCUCUGUUAGAAUAUAUUCUGUUAUUCUGAAUAUAUUCUAACAAUCUCCAAAUGAACACCCGGUACUUUUUUCCGCCGGACUCCUUGUGCAGUUCCGUCGGCGCGGUUUCAUUUUCGUCAAAUCCUCCGGCAAGGGAAGAUGGUGGGGCUGUUGGCAGCCGACACAGGCCUUCUCGUGCUCUCCCUUCUUCUUUCUGGGCAAAGAUGGCGAUGAGGAUCUCUAGAGCGAGGUGGUUCACCUUCUUAAGAAGAGUUUUCCACUACCAAAAUGGAUCAAGAUCUGAUCUUGGCUCCAAUCCUUUCAAUUCAAGCACUUGGAUGUUGCUGGAGUUUACAGCUUUGGUUGUUCAAAUAAGCUUCACAACAUUUACUCUAGCCAUUUCCAAGAGGGAGAGGCCUGUUUGGCCUAUGAGAAUCUGGAUUGUUGGUUAUGAUAUUGGGUGUGUGCUUAGUCUGCUCCUACUCUAUGGCCGCUACCGGCAUCGUCAUCUGACUCAAGGAGAUGGUUUAAGCCUUCCCGAUUUGGAACAGCAGAGGGGCAGCGAAGAAUCCAGGAUCUCACAUUUGAUGAACAAAUGCCGGACUUCACUUGAGCUGUUCUUUGCAAUAUGGUUUGUGAUGGGCAAUGUUUGGGUUUUCGACUCUCGCUUUGGGUCCUUCCCUCGAGCCCCAAAACUUCACGUGCUCUGCAUCUCCCUGCUGGCUUGGAAUGCCAUCUGCUACUCCUUUCCAUUCCUACUGUUUUUGCUGCUAUGCUGUUGUGUGCCACUGAUUAGCAGCCUCGUCGGAUACAACAUGAACAUGGGAUCAACUGAUAAGGGUGCAUCUGAAGAUCAAAUUUCCCAGCUUCCCAGUUGGAGAUAUAAAGAAGUCGACACCAAGUUAGAGCUUGGCAAUGAUACUGUCUGCAAUCCCAACUUAACAAACGAAGAUCCAGAAUGCUGUAUUUGCCUAGCUAAAUAUAAGGACAAGGAAGAAUUGAGACAGUUGCCCUGUUCCCAUGUGUUUCACCUCAAGUGCGUGGAUCAAUGGCUCCAAAUUAUAUCUUCAUGCCCUCUUUGUAAACAAGAACUAGAGAGGUAGAAAGCAAGAUAAUCACUUAGAAGCUGAAGUUUUUAUUGGUCUUUCUUUUCAUUGUUAUUUUUUUUUUUUUUCAAAUUUUCUCACUUUAAUUUGGUGUGAUUUAUAUGUAUUAACAUGGUUACUCGAGUGAGUAUUGCUUGUACAGUGGAGGUCACCAGUAACCAUGAAUAUACUGAAGUCUACUGUCUUUGAGUAUACACAGCAGGAUAAUGAUGUUGGACUCCUUGCUUCCUAAAGGUAGCGGAGUCUAUUACCCUAGCUACCAGGAUACAUCAACACUUGUAUAUGAUUUUUGAUUUUCAUUAAAAUGUGAAAUACAUGCACUAAAUAAUGAUUGAGUGCUUA